AACGAAUACGACUCGCUUUUACAGGAAUAUAAGUGUUUAAAUCAAGCAAAACUCAUCGCAACUGUACCGGAUUGUCUUCUGAUGGCGGUCGGGCUGCAUUAGAGUCGAGAUUACUGACAACGUGUCUCUUUCACGGCAAGAGGAUUUUUAGGGAUUAACAAACAUCUAUUUUAAUCAACAGGCGCCUUGAUUCACAGUUAAACCGACAGAAGUCACUAUUUGAUAUUCUGACUAUCACUUAUACCGCUGGUACACAUACCUAAAACAAACCUCGUUGGUUGAUUAAAAUAACCGUGUUGCAUUCAAAAAGGCAUCCCGACCUUUAUCCAAGGACAUAUUUAUCGUAAAACUUCAAUUUUCAAUAAAACAAGUUGUUAAAUCAAGUUAUAGAAAUAGCAUCGCGGACAAAAUCUGUUUGAGAAGAAAUCAUAUAUGACAGGCGAGCAAGCAAAAUAGCAAUAAGAACGCAAAAAAGGCAAACAUCGCCCUGCGUUAUUAUUUUCCAAUAAACUUUUUAAUACAUUUGAACAAGUUAAGAAUAACACUAAUAAAUCCAUGUGUAAAUACCAUACGUUGAAUGUAGCUGACAGACUACACUGAGCUAUCUUUCAAAUAAAAUAAUUUCAUGUCGACUUUAUUGGAUGAUAUUGUAAGGAAGAACAACUUCUGGGUUCUCCGAAGACAACGUCGAUAUUCCCGUGUUACUGCAAAAUGUGACGGAAUAGAAAUUGCCACAUCUGAUGGGUGCUAAGAAGGAGAUACUUAUGUUAUAAUACGGAAUCUUGGAGGAUUAUAGAUAGUAAUUAUCGAUCAAAAAUCACAUUAACUUCAUACGAGUAAUUGAAAUCACAUUUAGAGCUGGAUAGAAUGUGUUCAGGAUGUGUUCUCUAUAUUCCAACGAUAAACAUCGAAGCCUGAACAAAUAAAGGAUAUCCCUAAUAGUAAUUAUCAGAAGCGAACCAAUACUAUAAUAAAGCGAAAACAAUACGAUACCAGCAAGCGCGACUGACAUUUAUAGUUGAUUUAUAAAACAUUGAAUCAUACCGGUCAUUGAAGACAAACAGAUCCCCAGUGGAGCCCCGAUGAAAUUCUCUUGUAGCUGAAGAGCAAAACUCUUCAAUCUGACACAAGUGUAGACAUCGCCAUAAGUUAAGAAGAUAAAUACUUAUUGACAGGUUGAAAGGAAACACGAUUGGAAUCCAUGUUCUCGAGUGAAGGGGAAGACGAACAGGUAAACAUCUGGUCACUGGAUUUGUUAACACUGGAACUAUAUCUCUAUACAUCGGUUGAAGCGACCUUUACGAUAAAACGCUGUAAAAUUACAGCGGAGCGAUAUUUCAACAUUUGGAUCAGUAGCUGUUAUCAUUAAUUUGAAUCCAGAGUUAUGGAAUAAUUGUGUUGAUUUAUACCGCCCAAUACUUAUGAAUACUCGAUACUCGGAGUACCGUCUAUAUCUACAUUGCAGGCUAUUUUAUGCUGAUUUUAUAACGCACACGUCUCAUAUGGACAGUAGCCUGUUAGAAUCCCUAAAUAAAUUUCCGUCAAAAAAUUAACAGAAAAUUGGUUACCAUGGAAACAGAGAUGGAUAUUUAUUUUUACGACUGUUCCAAAGAAAAAUGAGAACCUAUCAAGUUCGACGAAGAUACAGAAGAUACCAUGUUGUUUAUACGAUGUAUCGUUCACAGUCGGAGAGUCUAUACGGAUAACAGUUAAAGGUCACGUUCCCUAUUAAAGGUUACAUUAAGCUUUACGAGAAUUUCGUACCUCUGAAAACUCAAUCGGAAAAGCAUUUAUAUAAAUCUGGUAGACACUGGAGAUGAAAACGUCCUCGUGGCAUCCAUAAAUACAUUAUUAUGAGACGAUAUUUUUGUUAAUAUGAAAGCAAAGUAUGAGUAACAGCACAAACGUGAGUAAUCUAUCAUUUGCGCAAAAUGCAAGCAGUUUUGAACAGAAAUAUACUCCUGUUGAAACUGCGCUUAUUGUGACUGUUCUUGGGACAAUUAUAUUUAUGUCUAUCGCUGGCAACACGCUUGUCUGUAUCGCUAUCUUUACAGACAGGGCAUUGAGGAGAACGAACAAUUUAUUCCUAGUGUCGUUAGCUGUUGCAGAUAUGAUGGUCGCUACUUUAGUAAUGACGUUUGCAGUCGCAAAUGACGUCAUGGGCUACUGGUGGUUCAAUAUAGAAUUUUGCAACGUUUGGAUAUCAUUCGACAUUAUUUGUUCCACCGCUUCCAUUCUGAAUUUGUGUGCCAUAAGUCUAGACCGAUAUAUACACAUUAGGAACCCGCUACACUACGAGAUGUGGAUGACGAAAAAGAAGUUAGCGUUUAUGAUAACGUCUGUGUGGCUGUGUUCGGCCCUGCUGGGGUUCGUUCCCAUCAAUAUGGGCUGGCAUAGGAUCGGCAUGGAGGAUAUCUCCACCAACCACCACGAUUCCCAAAUUUGUCAGAUGGAAUUAAAUCCAACGUAUGCAGUGGUGUCGUCAUUUAUCAGCUUCUAUUUACCAUGUAUAGUUAUGGUCACAAUCUAUAUACAAUUAUUUCGUUAUGCACAAAAACACGUGAAAAGUAUUCGCAAAAUGGAUCGAUUGAACCAAGUGGCCUCUAAUGGCACUAAGACUCAUACAAGCUACAAGGUCUCAGACCACAAGGCAGCGAGAACACUUGGCAUAAUCAUGGGUGUCUUCCUACUGUGUUGGGUGCCAUUUUUCACUAUUAACAUAAUCAGCUCUUUCUGUCCGACGUGCAUACCAGUGAUGCUUUUUAACACAUUCACGUGGCUUGGAUAUUCCAACUCGAGCCUCAAUCCAAUCAUAUACAGUAUUUUUAAUCAAGAAUUUCGAGAAGCAUUUAGGAAAAUCCUUUGCCUUCAUCGUUGUCCUAAAAUUAGUAGCCAACUGAACAUUCGAAAAGGAGGUUCUCCGUAUAAAGACAAAGAUACUGCACCUUAUAGAGAUACGGAUAUAGUGAGGUUCAAUGACGUCAGUAGCGACGAUAUACAUUUGAACAAUAGUUUUAAUUGUGCCAGUAGUCUUAGAAAAGGCAGCAGAGGCCCGUUGAUGGAGAAGAUCACAACGUUAUAACAAUCAUUCUCAGCUAGAUCCGUAUUUAAGAGAUGCUCGGGUAAAAAAUGCUUGAACCAUUUCACCAAUUAUCUUUUCCAAUAGACUCGCAAUUUUGUUAAAAAUGAGACUUUUUCAAUAAAUCCACAUGUUGCUGUUCAUCUGAUUUGUUUUAAAGUCGUGCAACAACCUUUCAAAAAGUUCAAAUACACUGCAUGGAAUAUUUUCCUCGAAAACUCUUUUUGGAAACUCUACGAGGUAAACAAUUGUUAACUAUUAAAUGGUUCACUUCUUCUAGGUAGAUCAUUCAAGGUCUAGUUUUUGCAUGCUAAAACUGCUCUUCAGGGUGCUUAGUUAUCAGUUAGAAAUGGUUUAAUUUAAAGGCACGUCAUACAAGGUCUACCCUUUGCAUUCGUUCGACUUCUUAAAAGAGAGCUUCGUCUUACUUAUUACUAAACUCUGCUUGCAGGGUAACAAGAUCUAACCUAAGGAUAGGUAUCGAUAUGGUGAACUGAAUUCAACAGUGUUUUUCUCUUAAACCAAAUAUUGAAAACAUUCUGUAAAAACACGGUCCUUUCUGUAAUGUUGACUGAUUGGCAACAAUUCAAUGCAAAAAUUAUUCAU